AUGAUGAGCAAACCCGCAGGCUCAACAAGUGGCUGUCUGGAUAUUCUGAAUGUCAAAUCAAGUCGAAUACUGGACAUCCCAUGCAAAGUGUGUGGUGACCGCAGCUCAGGGAAACACUACGGUGUUUACGCCUGUGACGGCUGCUCGGGAUUCUUCAAGAGGAGCAUCCGCAGAAACAGGACAUACGUCUGUAAAUCUGGCUCUCAGGGUGGCUGUCCCGUGGACAAAACUCACAGAAACCAGUGCAGAGCGUGCCGGUUGAAAAAGUGUCUCGAUGUGAACAUGAAUAAAGACGCCGUUCAACACGAGAGGGGGCCCCGGACGUCUACCAUCCGCAAACAGGUCGCCCUAUAUUUCCGGGGGCACAAAGAGGUGAACGGAUCGACCCAUUUCCCGGGAUCCUCUCUGUCUGGCCCUCCCUUCUUUACCACGGUCACGCAACUGGAUCCUCACAACCUGGAUAUGAGCGCAGCAAACACACCGGAGAGACAGGCCCUGGUGGGUCUGGCACAACCCACUCCGAAGUACCCCCAUGAAGUCAGUGGCACCCCCAUGUACCUCUACGAAGUGGCGACAGAGUCUGUGUGUGAGUCAGCAGCGCGCCUCCUCUUCAUGAGCAUCAAGUGGGCAAAGAGUGUUCCCGCAUUCUCCACCCUGCCUUUAUCGGACCAGCUGAUUUUGUUGGAGGACGCUUGGAGGGAAUUAUUUGUUCUGGGCAUCGCGCAGUGGGCCAUUCCUGUGGACUCCUCUACUCUUCUAGCCGUUUCUGGAAUGAACACCGAAAACACAGAGUCUCAGCGGAUGAAUAAGAUCAUUUCUGAGAUACAAGCACUUCAAGAGGUGGUCACCCGAUUCAGGCACAUGCGUCUGGAUGCAACAGAGUUCGCCUGUUUGAAAUGCAUCGUGACUUUUAAAGCCGUUCCUACGCAUGGCAACACUGAGUUAAGAAGUUUCCGCAACGCCAGCGCCAUCGCUGCACUACAAGACGAGGCACAGCUCACCCUCAACAGUUACAUACACACCAGGUACCCGACCCAGCCGUGUCGCUUCGGGAAGCUGCUCCUGCUCCUGCCGGCUCUCCGCUCGGUGGGCCCGUCCACCAUCGAGGAGGUGUUCUUCAAGAAGACCAUCGGCAACGUGCCCAUCACCCGGCUCCUCUCCGACAUGUACAAGUCCAGCGAUAUAUGAAUUCUCGCCAUCUGGAAAAAAGACUUGAGCUAAAAAGGCCCAGAGACCCACCAGCAGGCGACAGAAAUCAAAUCAUAGCAGGUGUAACCGUGGGUUGAUUUAUUGCUGGGCACACAAUCUCUUAGGCCGUCUUAAAAUAGCCUGUUUAGGCUUAUAGGCUCCUUUGAAACAAAGACUGCAACACAGCUCACUAAGUAGCCUGUUAACAGUUGCUCUAGUUAAGAAUUAGCCAGUAACUUUUAUUGUAGAAUUACCUGUUUGAUACUGCAGCCUGCAGUGUUCAAGACUCCAGAGGAAGAGCACCUGCCAAGUACUGACAAAGAUAUAUUAUAUAUAAAGACGUUUUUUGAGUGUCUGUGAGACCAAUGAGCUUGACGACCAAUUCAGUCUUUUAUUGCUGUGAUCAAUCCCAAUGGAGGAAACCAAAAAAUAAAAUACAAAAAUAAAAUGAAGCAUGUGAAUCGCUGUCCCUCCGAUCUGGUGCUGAAACCAAACGCAUGGUGGAAGAGGCGCCAACUCUAUGAAGACAUAGGGGGAAAAGACUUUUGAAGGAUAUGCUUGCAUUGCCUCUCGACUGUAAAACUACAUUCAUCUGAAGAUGGUGUUUGUAUUGAAGUGGUUACUGUCCUGUUUGUGUUGCUGUGUCCUGUUUGAGGCUGUUUUAGGUCCACUUUGUGAAGUUAGGCACUAACACUGGAUACAAUAAUAUUCAGCACUUGGAAAUGUUUUUGUGGACUGUGAUGUUUUUAUUCUGCUGUAAAUAUUUGGAGUUAUAACUAUUUAGAGUUGUAACCGAGAGAAUAAAAGACAAUGAAUUAAACUGCUUUUAAAUAACCCAGAUAUUAAACUACUGGCGAAGGUCUUCUUAGAUCUAAAUGUGAAGUACAUUUACAAAUAUUUUAAGAUUUAAGGGUAUACAAAAUACAUGCAUUUACGUAUUAAACACAUGCACAAGUAAUGAAUAACUUCUUCAAGACUCAUAAUGAAUGACAGUUUGUGAUUUGUUCGCACUUUAUGGAUGAUUAAAUCAGGAUUGUUCAGUAAAAAUAAGUUGAAUCAUUAAUUCAUAUGCAACUAACUUAGCUAAAAUCCAGUUAGAUAAAAAAACAACGUGGCAUUUCAGAUCCAUCAGCUCAUUUUUCCAGCUUCUAAUCCAAACAUUUAUUUAUUCUAAUCAAACUGCAAGUCAGAUGCAAACAUUCAAAACAGCUGCUCUUUGACCCAACAGUCUAAAUUAAUUUCACAUUUACAAGCUGGCUUUAGGGUGGCAAAUAAAUAAAGUGACAACUGAGUGUAAAUAAGACUAAGUGUUUGUGAUUACUUUGACACUACUAUUUUAAGUUAUCGGGGUGACAUGUCCCUUCAAUUAAAGCAAUGUUGUGAUGCUUCUUUACAAAAAAAAGAGUUCAUGCAAAUUUACUAAAAGUUUGAAUAAUAAAGAAUAAACGACGGAGAACUUUUCUGCUUUCAGAACGAUUAAUCAGACCCGAAAUGCCUUUUUUAUGUAACUGGAUGGAGCGUAAACAGAUCACAUAAAGCCUGACUUGAUAAUCAUGAUAUACCCUGUAUGAAAUAAUCAGGAGUCAGCCAUUAUGUAUGCAUUACUUUGGUCUUUCGAGGUAGUAUUUUUCAAAUAAAAACUCAGGACAGUUGCAUUAAGCUUUGAUUUGCCAUAGGCCUAAACUUUUUUUGUAAU